ACAGAUGAUCGCGGUCGGCCAGUAAGUACACAACGCGUGCUUUCUCCUCUCGCAAUCAGUUUUCGGCUAGUGUUUUGUUUGCAAAAAUAUGGGCUCGGGUCAUUGCAAAGGAUUCCGAAUAAGGAAACCCAAUUACAAUGAAUCCACCGCAACAGGUUCUCAAGAACAGAAUGACUAUAUCGAAGGUGUGGUGUGCAACCAGCAAGAUAUCAACGAAAAUGAAAUGAAAUUACUACCGCUUGGAGAUACUAAAAAUAAAAUUUUGUUAAUAAAACAAAAAGGAAAAUUGCAUGCAAUUGGUAAUAAAUGUACACAUUAUGGAGCUAUGCUACAUACUGGUGCAUUAGGAGAAGGACGAAUAAGAUGUCCAUGGCAUGGAGCUUGCUUUAAUAUUAAAACUGGAGAUAUUGAAGAUUAUCCGGGCUUGGAUUCUUUACCAUGUUACAAGAUUCACGUAGAUGAAGCUGGUCUAGUACACGUAAAGGCCAAACGUAAAGAUCUGGAUAUUAAUAAACGUGUAAAGGCCAUGUCUGCACAUGAUCCUGAAAAUACAAAAACAGUCGUUAUAGUCGGUGGAGGACCGGCGGGUGCAACUUGUGCAGAGAGUUUGCGACAAGAAGGUUUCACAGGACGCAUUGUUAUGGUAUGCAGAGAGAAUGCUCUACCCUAUGAUCGAACAAAAGUAUCCAAAGAGUUAGAUUUCAAUGUUCAGAAGAAAGCAUUACGGGCUCCUGAGUUUUAUAAUAAACACACAAUUGAAAGAAAACUUGGUGUAGAAGCUAUAGGCCUGGAUACCACUCAAAAUAUUGUUAAACUGAAUAACAAUGAGAACUUAAAAUAUGAUGAUCUAUUCAUAUGCACAGGCAGUAAACCGAGAAUACCAAAUAUACCCGGAAAUAAUUUGUCCAACAUUUUUGUGCUGCGAGAUUAUACUGAUUCACUAAGCAUAUAUUCACAACUGUCUCUCACAAAACAUGUAGUUAUACUGGGAUUAAGUUUCAUCGCCAUGGAAGUGGCAGCUAGUUGUAUCAACAAAUGUGCAUCUAUUACGGUAAUAGGACGCGAUACUGUACCUCUCAGAGCGAUAUUCGGCGCGGAUAUUGGUGAUAGAAUAAAAAAAGAACUUGAAGCAAAGGGGAUAAAGUUUAUUUUUCAAAACAAUAUCAAGCAAUUUAUUCCAAAGAAAGAUGAAGAAAAUGUUUUGGAUAAAGUCGAACUUAUAGACAGUCAGAUUUUACCAGCGGAUAUAGUUAUUCUUGGAUUAGGAACUACUCUUUACACAGAUUGGCUGAAAGAAUCAGUUGUUAAAAUGAGGAAUGAUGGCAGUAUAUUAGUAAAUAAGCAUCUGAAAACGAAUGUACAAAAUGUAUAUGCUGGAGGUGAUAUAGCUUAUGCACCAAUAUAUGGAUCCGAUAAUACAUUGGCUACAAUAGGUCAUUAUUCUUUAGCCCAUUAUCAUGGCAAAGUUGCAGCUCAAAACAUAUGUGGUAAAGAAACUCCUUUGAAGACAAUACCGUUCUUUUGGAUCAAUUUACUGGGUAAAAAUUAUAGAUAUGCAGGUCAUGGCAAGCCUACUAGUAUAAAAAUUCAUGGCUCAUUGGAUAAAUUAGAAUUCUUUGCUUUCUAUAUUAAAGAUAGCAAAGUAAUAGGAAUGAGCAGUGUUAAUGCCGAUCCUAUUGUAUCAAAUUUUGCAAAUCUACUUUAUGAAGGAAGGACAUUAACAGAAGAGGAAAUUAAUAUGGACCCAUUUGGUUGGAUAAGAAAUAAGCCAAAGGAUGCAUUAACGAAAUUUAAAGACACCUUUUUAGUAGAUGUAAAGGCUUGAAUCAUAUACAAAUAAUAUA